AUGGCUUGCAUCCACACCCCACAAACCGACUUGCAUAUCAAUCAUGAUUUCGGCACGCUUCAUCCGUCUCUCGCAACCUCCUGUCCUCGUCGCGCGACCUCUUGCGGUGGCGUCGUCGGCUCGCUUCCUCCACAUCUCCAGCGUCGUCGCAGGCCAUGAUCCGUCUCUCCAGCAGGGUACUGUCUCCAAGCAGGAGAACUACCACCCAGGCGACCCGCACGACCAAGCUGCGCGCGCCGGUCAAUCGAAGAGUGACAAAACGCCACUUGACGCCGCUUCGCAGGAGCCGGGCAAGAAGGCGUCGCGUGAGGGGCUAUCUGGUAAUCCAGAGGGUGUUGGUUUUGCUGAGCAAGUCGGCUCAGCGAGCACUUUUGCCAGCGACGGAGCGAGUGCGGAGGAGGGCAAGGGCGGCCAAGAAGAGAGCACCCCACCGGGUUUUUUUGAUGCCGUUAAGAGCAAACUUGGCUUCCAGACGACGAGCGGCGAAGUGAAGCAGAACAGGGGCGGAGGCGAGGGAGUCACAGGCACAGGCACCUUCGCAAGGCUCAAGGAGAAUGAGCAUCGGCGCGGUCUACACACAUCUGCGGUGGCUAGGAUGGCGGAUCCGACGAAGGGCCAGGCACCCGACGCAAGCAGGCAACCCAAGGACCGUACGUACGCCGACCAAAACGAUCACUUGAAGCAUCGGUCGCAAAGCGACCCGGCUCCCUCUCAAGGCAAGGGCAACGCUGCUGAGCAGCCGAGCCUGCCUUCACAUCAGUUCCGCGACAAGACGCAUAACGCCUCUCAGAAACGUAUGCUUCACACGUCCGCAAGACGCCUUGAGGAGAAGCAUACCACCGAGACCUACUCCAAGGACGUUGAUAACUCGCCACCGUCAUCGAAGAAGACGCACCAGGUCGACCCGUCAGGCACUGGCGCACAGGUAGUGCGCCCCAAUGAGCCAGUGACGGGAGAAUUCUCCCGAGCCGGCCCAAACACCGAAGAGUACGAGACCGUGGAUAAGCGCAACCCAUAUGACCUUCCCGGUAAGGAAAAGGACGAGAAGUUCCGGUAUGGAGGAACGGGCGCGCUUGAUGCUCGUUCAAGCAAGGGCGACACUGUAAGCAAGCCGGGAGAGGGACCGGAGGGUGCGUCUGCCGGUGGCCACCAUCCAGAGAAGUCGCAGUGA